AUGCCCAACCUGUUCUCUAAACACCUUCACCUCUGUUUCUUCAAACUCAAAGACCCCACCAUUCUAUCCCAUCCUCAACCGCAGCAAGAUGACCACCAUCACACUCCAUCACCAUCACCACCUUCCACUAAGUUCCACUCCAACACCACCUUCAACUACCACAACCACUCCCUCUACGAUACCAACUCCUCCGCUUACUCAACCUCCAAAUCCACCGACGAUUACUUUUCCUCAUCCUCCUCCUCCUCCUCCUCCGAUUCCAUGGACCUUCCUCCGCCGGACUUUGCCUCCGUCUUCGCCUCUCAGCGGUUCUUCUUCUCCUCCCCAGGCAGCUCCAACUCCAUCAUAGAGUCCCCUGACACUCGACCCUGCAACUCUCACAACAACAACAACAACACGUUGAUACCAAGAGGUGGCGUGAGGGUUCCCAAGUACUCUCUCGAUCCCUACGUUGAUUUCCUCCGUUCAAUGCACGAAAUGAUCGAUUCCCGACAAGCGUUGGACGUGAGAAAAGACUGGGAUUAUCUCCACGAACUCCUCUUAUGUUACCUUGCUCUCAAUCCUACACAUACCCACAAGUACAUUGUUCGUGCUUUCACCGACAUUGUGGUCGACCUUUUGUCUUCAACAUCGCCGUCGCCGCCGUCCUCCACCCCUUGCCGGAUGCACAAGAACCGCCGGCAGACUAGUUUCUCAGGGAGGUUGGUGUAA